AUGGCGCCUCCCGCUCGGUACUGCGUCCCCGGUGAGUGCGGGCCCGGCGGCUCGGGGAGCAGGCGGCGGUGGGGCGGUGUCCGAGGCGAGGAGCACGGGAGAGGGCGGCCCAGGGCCGAGGGGCGGCGGUUGCAGGAAGGGAGGGAGCCGGGGAGGGGGCCCGGAGCGGGAGCCUGGGCCCCGGCCGGCAGCGGGACCUACACCCGGCACGGCUUCAUCUUCUCCUCGCUGGCCGGGUGCCUGGAGAAGAGGAGCGAGGACGGCGGGCUGCCCCUCGUGUCGGUGGUGAGAGACGCCGAGGCCCAGCUCCUGCCCGACGUGGGGGCCGUGGUGACGUGCAAGGUUUGCAGCAUUAACUCUCGCUUUGCCAAGGUGCACAUCCUCUACGUCGGCUCCACGCCGCUCAAGUCCACCUUCCGGGGAACCAUACGGAGAGAAGAUAUUCGAGCCACGGAGAAAGAUAAGGUAGAGGUGUACAAGAGUUUCCGCCCCGGUGACAUAGUCCUGGCCAAAGUCAUCUCGCUGGGGGACGCGCAGUCCAACUACCUGCUGAGCACGGCGGAGAACGAGCUGGGCGUGGUGGUGGCACGCAGCGAGGCAGGGGUGCAGAUGGUGCCCAUCAGCUGGUGCGAGAUGCAGUGCCCGCGGACGCACACCAAGGACUUCCGUAAGGUGGCCCGCGUGCAGCCCCAGUUCCUGCAGACCUAGCGGCCCCCGAGGGGGCGCGGGGACCCUGCCGG